UGGAGAACAAGCAAUGCGAACAGGACCACUUCCUUCUUGGCAGGCUCCAUGAGCUCUGGUGGUUAGGUUUCCAAGUGCGCAGUCUAGCUAGAGCCACAAUCUUUUUGUUUGGACAAAUCAAUCAAUCAACAAGGAGCAUGAUGUUUUCCAAGUUUGCCAGCAAGGUGUCUCUUGGCAGAGCUCGUCUGACAACCAGACUACCCGUGUCACGGAGUUUCAGUUCGCAACCUGUCAAUUUUGACGACGAUACUACUAGUACUGGGUACGCCGAUGAAGCUACCAUGCGAUAUGACUUGGCCGUGGCGCAUCGUCUCACAGCCGAUCACUCGGCCGAUAUGUUGGUUUGGAAUCACAUCUCGGCACGGUUCCAAGAUGGAUGUCUCAUCACACCCGGUAACAAGCUUUGGAAACACAUGCGCCCCGAAGACAUGGUCUUUAGUUCCCACAAUGUCACGGCCGAUUUGAUUCAUUCCGCCAUUUACGCCGCCGACAAAGAUGUAGGCGCCAUUCUUCAUUGGCAUACACCGGCAGCCACGGCCGUGUCCUGUUUGCCACAGGGAUUUGUUCCAAUGACGCAAGAUGCGGCCUAUUUUUACCAACGCGUCGCACGCUAUCCGUGGGAUGGAAUCUCGGAUGAUCCCGCCGAAAUACCCAAACUCAUGGCGGCGGUGCAAGCGGCCAAACAACAACAACAACCGGAUGGUAGUACCAAUAAUAAUACACUACUCUUGGAACAUCAUGGGUUUGUUUGCUAUGGGAAAUCGGUCCCUGAAGUUUUUGUGCUGGCGUACUACUUCGAACGCGCCUGCGAGAUUCAGUUGCGACUCAUGGCCGCGUGCGGUGGAACUCUGCCACCGCCACCGCCAGUCCAUGUCAUGGAAGAAGCCGCCAAGACCAGUUUCAAGGAGGAAUUCUCACCGGGAUUUGCCGAGUGGGAGGCGCUCUGUGAGGAUUUCAAAUUUUGAUGGAUGGGUGGAGUGGAUUGAAUGCACUAUACAGGUAAUGUUGUCAGUAAAUCAGGAGUUCUCAGAGCAAUCGCAACAAUGGCCCCUUCCUUGCUCAAAGCUGUAAGGAAUCCAUUUGUAGUGCUUUAGCGCUCUUAGCAAGCAACAUCCCUUAUCCGCAGAACUCGUGAGUGUUGCAUGAAUCAUACCCAAAUGUUACCGUCCCGUUCAUGCCCCUCGUGACCAUAUGAAACCAAUACCCAGGCCAGCAACAAUGACAUUUAGUGUUGCUUUUCAACUUUGGGAUUGCUGUUCUUGUGCUUCCAGCAAUUUGUUUCCUGAGAAAACCCAAAGAUGUUGUCCAUAGUGGGCCCAAUCUUGUCAGACAGGGGCACUUCCACAUAGUUCAAGUUGGGGUAGAGUUCCAUGGUCUGUCGUACACGCUUGGUGUAAGUCUCAUAGAAGUCCACCCACAUGGCUUCAGUGGCUUUAGGAUGAGGUGUGAGGCCCUUUUGCCGGCAGCCGGGGGAC